CCCAAGACUAUUCUUCACUAUUGGAUCACCGAGAUGAAUUUUACGAUGUAAUCAUUCAAGUUGGUAACGAAGACUCGCCAAAUUUUUUUCGAGCACAUUCGGUAGUCUUAUGGGCAAGAUCUCAGUAUUUUCGUGAGAAAUUAUCAAGAGUUGAUAAGGAUAGUUUUAGGAAUGUUAUCACCAUUAGUCUUUCAAAUAUCUCAGCGGAACAGUUUGGAGUGUUACUUAGAUACAUUUAUACUGGUACUAUCGCUCUCGAAAAAUAUAAAAUAGAAGACAUGAUACUUCUCAUGAUGGAAGCAAAACAAUUGUUACUACCAGAAUUUGUAGAUUACGUUCAAGAAUAUUUAAUUGAUCAUCAGAAUCUUAUAAUUAACAAUUAUUUUUCUAUUAAUAAAUUUAUUGCCAAAUAUUCUGGGAAACUCGACCGUCUAGUUGAGUUAUGCAAUAGAAUAUUAAUACAAAAUCCAAUGGAAGUAAUUAAUUCGCCGCAGUUCCUUAGAAUUAAUCAAAGGGAGCUUUCACAAUUUCUUGAAAUUUUUUCAAACACGUCACAUUCACCCUUACAUCCGGAAGCUUCUUCGAAUGGCAUAACCUUAUUAGACAUCUGUUUGUCAGACACCAAUUUGCCGGAGGCCACCACUGUAAAAGACACAAUUCUAUGGAACAAAUUAGUAGAUUGGGGAGCUACCCAAUUAAAUCUUAUACCUUCUAAGAUCUCCGAGUUCGGAGAUGACGAUUGUCUUUACAUUAAGCAGGUGAUCGAACCUUAUUUGCCAUUUAUUAAUUUUGAGAAUAUUAGUUCAGUAGAAUUCAGGGAAAAAGUUACACCAAUUAGGAAAGUUUUGGAUAAUAAAUUUUAUGUGGAACUUUUAGAAGCUUAUGCUGAGAUGGAAUCAGAACAUGAGACCCGUUCUCAUAAUGGCUCCACAUAUUCACGGGUAUCUACAAAUCAACGGUCAGUCAGUAAACAACAAAAACAAUAUUCAGGUACAUCUUCGAACAAUUCAUCGUUGAAUCAUCCUUCGGAUCAUGAGCAUUCUCCUAAGAGGAAUUCAACUACAAAUCGUCGCCUUUCGAACAAUUCGAAUCGUUCCUCGGAUUCUUUUGGAAAGAAUUCAUUACAGAAACGUCCUUCGGAUCACGCGUAUUCUUCGACGAACAAUUCAUCAUCGAACCAUCCUGUUGGUUAUGCGCAAUCUUCUAUGAAUUAUCCGUCAAUGAGCUAUCCUUCAGAUUACGCGCAUUCUUCUACUAACAAUUCACCAGUGAAUCGUCCUUGGAACCAUGAACAUUUUUCUAAGAACAAUUCAUUAUCAGACCACUCUCACCAUCCAGACGAACAAUUUGAAGAAGAUCUUGACGCUCUUGAAGAAUUCAUGCGACCACUUCCAAAAAUUAAAAUCAAUAAUGAAACUACUCGAUCAUCAAGAAACCGAUCAUCUAAAAAUUCACGUGCGCAAAGGCACCGUUAUUGA